UAACCAACCUGAUAACAGUGUCUUUUGAUUGCCUCACCUCCUGUAGCUCUCACACUGUCAACUUAAUAGUGAAAUAUAUUUUUGCAUGUUGCAUAAAGAGCUAAUACAUUUUUUCAAAAGAAAAAAUAACUAAAGAGAAAAUAAUGAGUGAAGAGAUGAUUUUGUUAUUGAAAAAGCUUUUCUUUGCACCAUUACCUACUAUGGAACACAGUUUUCACUUGUUUCCUUUCACUAAGAAUAUUAAUCACAGGAAGGAAGAGUAGUUUUGAUGUCAGAGCUGCAAGCAAUGUACUAACAGCCUUCACAAUGACCAACAGUUGACUCCAGGAUUUAGGUUGUAAGCAAACUGCUGUUGAUUUUAACCACUGGGUUACAUAUUGGAUUUCUUUCUGGAUGGGUUUUCAUGAAUGCAGCAGUUGUGAUAAGGCCAAUACAAAUACUGUCAUACAAUUGACUUUCUGAAGGAAACUGAAGGACUGCCACAGCCAUGUUGUUGGCACAAGCUGGAUGUGUGUUCAUGGGUCUCAUUCUGUACAUCUCAGGGGUUCUGGCACGAGCAAACCACAUCUGUGCCUUAAAAGGCUCAUCAGUGGAGCUGCCCUGCUCAGCUCGACAUCCUACUUCAAGCAUGAAAUGGUACACUGUACUCUGGGAUGAAACUGAGACUGUCCUGAAUGAGCUCUCUGCAGAUGGAAAUCGUGUAUCAUACAACAAGUCUGAAGACAGUCACCCCACUCUAACAAUCAAUAAUCUGACAGACAGUGAUGCAAACUUGUACUGCUGCGGAGAAACUACUGAAAAAACAUAUCACUGCAGGAAAAAUGCAAUCCGGCUCUAUGUUUCAGACCUGCAGGUAAAGGUGAUUCCUGCCACAGAGGGACAGACAGUAACACUGAUGUGUAACACCAGCUGUCCUCUGACUGAAAACCCUGCAGCCUACAUCUGGUACAGGAACAGAGAGUUUCGCUAUCAGGACUGGUCUCCCUGGUACCAACAGCUGGUCAGCAGUGACAAAGCAGUCAGAUACUCCUGUGCUAUCAAAGGCUACGAGGGUCUCAGAGCCCCUGAAGUCUCAGUGGAUUUUGUCACACCAACAUGCUUUAAUGUGACCUAUGCUAAAGGGAGAAUGUGUUCUUACAAGCAGACAUCAGUGGAUGAGCCCUGCUCCAUCACAUAUCCAACAGAAGUGCGUGUUCAAAGGACUUCUGAGUCACCGGUUUCACUGACCUGCACGACCAGCUGUCCUCUGACUGACCUCAAACCUGCCUAUAGGUGGUACCAGAACAGACAGUUAAACAGACAAACUGAGAGUCAACAGUUUUCAGUUUCCCACGGUACUGGAAGCUUCUCCUGUGCUGUAAAAGGUUUCGAGGAUCUGCUAUCUGAUGAAGUCUGUUCUGAGGAUGAGAACUGCUGGAGUGUGAAUUAUGUCAGCAGGAGGAUCUGUGUUCUGAAAGGUUCUUCAGUGAACAUUUCAAGUAAAUACUCUCAUCCCGCCUCAAAGAAGCCAAAGUCUAAAUUGUGGUAUAAAGUGAAAAGAAGUGGGAAGAAAGAAGUUGAAGAGCUGAUGAGGGCUUCAGAUUGUGUGGAGUAUCAUGAUGACAUGAAGAAUCAUCACAUCCUGAGAAUCAACAACCUGAGAAAGAGUGACUCAGCAGAAUACACAUUCAGACUGGAGCAACAAGAUGGAACAUGGAAACAGUCUGACUUUUCUGGAGUGACUUUGGUUGUCACAGGCCUGAAAGUGAAGAUCCAUCCUGCAGUGGUGACAGAGGGCCAGAGAGUCACACUGACCUGCAGUACCAGCUGCCCUCUGGCUGACAACACAACCUACAUCUGGUACUUGAACAGUCGACCUUUGACCCUGCCAGAGAACCAAAACAAACACCUGGUUCUAGACCCAGUCAGCAGUCAGCAAGCAGGAAACUACUGCUGUGCAGUCGAAACUGGCAGAAAAUACAUUAACUCCAUUGAAAGAUCUCUGACUGUUAUAAAUAUUAAAGGGAAACAUACAGCAGCAGCAGCAGCUGCAGCAGUCUGUGCUGCUCUCCUGUUGAUCUUACUUCUGGUUGUCUUCUUAUGGGUUAGAAAGAGGACUUCAUGUAAAUCUACUAAAACUGAAGCAACGGCCAACAUUGAGCAGCUGAUCCCUGGUCCUGUGUAUGAAAACAUCUCAGCUCAACCUGCAGAGCCGGAAGAACUUCACUAUAGCAGAGUCCACUUCUCUAAGACCCAGACUGUUCCUCUUUACUCCACCGUCCAACCACAUCAGCCUCAAGAACAGGAGCAUGUCGCUUAUGCUGCCGUCAACUUCAGAUCCAAAACGACUUCUGAGUGAACAUUUCAUUACAACUUAUUUAGGAUCUAUAACGUGGCCUUACUCAUCUUGAUCAUUGGUACUUUCCAUUCCAGUAUUUCCAACAAUCCCACAAUACACAGAGGUGUGUUGUGGGCAAGAUUUCUGCCAAAUAUGAAGUACUUUUAACAUUACAAGUCUUCUGCACCACCAUUUCACUUCACUCCAUGCAAGACAGCCAAUCAUAUACAAAGACAUAUCAACCAAUGAGGUGUUACUAAUGACUGAUAAGUGAGUGAUACCAGGUAAAAUAUGCUGGUCUCACAAUAAAGUUGAACUCUGUGUCAUAAAAGAAGCUGGAGUUUUGAUCUCUUUAGACUGUUUUCUUUUCUUCAUGCACCUUGGAAGUAGGUGCAGUUGUGCCGGAAGUUAGUUUUCCACUGCAUUGUCCACUGAGAGCACCUGGUGUCUGAAAAGCUGUCUUCAGACCACAUUAGAGUAUAACAUGAAUUCUCACUUUGUGCAAACUUUUAAAUGCAGCGUGAAACAAGAGGACAAUCCUGUGUUCCAUAACUCCCACUGGAUUUGGAAGUCCAGCUCUGAGGGUUUUUAUCUUCAAAAAACAGAUAUUGCGUGUUUCCUUAUGUGUAAGAUUUAAGCAGCUCAAGAGCUAAAAGCUUGUGCAGCGCAGCAUGCAACACUGCUUGAAAAUCCCUAAGAAGGUUUAAUGAACAGAUUUCAUGAUCUACAGGAGAAAAGGCAACAGGUUAUGUUGCUUAUUGAUCCUGCCACUGCCUAAUCAAACAGUGGCAGGUUACGCAGCUUCUCAAGGGAUGACUGAACAGACUGACCAUGUCUGAUGACUUACUGUACAGAUAGCUUGAUAAAGCAGAUGGUUCAGUGGCAUUACCAGACCAUAAUGCAAUUCAACAAAUGUGGGUUGCCUUUGUUUUCCUUUCUGGUGUGUUUCAUGUUGCUCAUUACUCUGUGUUAUUUGCAGCUGCAACUGUAUGAAUGUUUCUGUAAAUCUGAGUUUGCCCUUGAACAAAUGUUUUAUCCUACAUGUUCUUUAGUGUAUUAAAAGAUCAUAGACAUUUAUUUGCAGCUUGGUCUUCAAAGAAGUUUUUGCCAAUACACAAAACAUCCACAGACUGGAAGAGAUAAUUAAUAAGAUAAUUUUGUCUGUGUCUAGAAUGAAAGUGGAAAAAGCAAUUUAGGAGCUUAAAGUAAGUAGAGUGCAGUGUACAGCACUGCGUGAAAACUCGCAAUAAUGUUAUGAGAACAGAUUCCAUGUUUUACAAGCAAAAAGGCCACAGAUCAGGUUUUUUGGAAAGCCCCAUUAGAGGCAGGUGAAUCAUUGUUGGAAUAAAUGAACCAUUUUAAAUAUGUAAAUCUUAAAAUUUCAUUAGACUCUGUAAAUGAAGUAUAAUUUCAUGGAUCUGUCUUUCCUAACCUGUCUGGUUGUAUCAGAACACAAGCCAGAAUUAAAAAAAACAAGCUGUUGUAGCUUAAUGCAAGAGAAUAAAACUGAAUCUAUA